UUGCAUUUUGGUAGUUAAUUAAAUCAUGCAGUUAAACUAUGCAUGAUAAUUGGGCAUGAAAGAACAAAAUGCAAAUAGAAAAAACUUAGAAAAAAUAGACCUCAUGAAGAAUAUAUUUUCUAGCCACAUAAGAGGAGGAAUCUAUUGAGUAGUCAUCUGAAGGGCCUUUUUAAUGGAACUAGUUUUGCAGUUAAGGUGAGAGAUUUGUUGAGAACUCUUUACGCCUAUGGUACAUACCCUGGCAUUCUCUAGGAAUUCCUGGAGGUCACAGGGCAGAUUUGGGGCUCUCUGAAUACUCAUAUGUUUUUCUCUGCCUGCCAAAACCUCCCCCUUUCUGCUUCAAAUUAGAGCAGUCUCUGGGAAGUGACUUGUCAUCUCUUCUAAUACCCCUUUCCUCAUCUAGCUAUAGGUGCCAGGCACUGGAGAUAUAGUAGCAAACAAAACAAAGUCCCUGCCUUCAUGGAACUGACCUAGAGGGAGGAGACAGAACAAAUACACAACCAUGAAGCCCAUCCUUGGUUUGAGCUAAGUGUGGCAUGUGAUUGUGUGCAACCACGGUACAAGGAGCUGUUUGUGGCCAAGCAGAGGAAUGCCUAGUCUCUGAUACUGGCAGGUCCCCUGUGAGAAAAACCAGAGGUAAAGCAAAACCAGAAGAAGCUCAGGUAGAAGUCUCCCAAAUCCUGCAUGCUGUGUUCCAAAGGGAUGGACAUCUGGAAGCCCUGCCCACCUUUGGUCAUCUGGAUAGACCAUCCACUGUCCAUAAACAACAUCCAUCAGUUUCUUCACUUCUUGUUCUUGGAGUUCUUUGUUACAUCACUGAAUAAUGGAUGAGUCUGAGAGAGAAAAAGAGAAGAGGGAUGUAUCUAAUGUAUCUGAAAAUAAAAAGAAGGACUGGUACAAUUCCUUUUUCAGAGAACUGAAUGCCAUAAUUCAAGCUCAUGGAUAUCCUGUAAAAGGAGACAGAUGUAAAACAUCACAGUGCACUACUGACCCUUCACAGAAGAAGGAAGGCAAAGUCAAUCCGGAAACCUCCAGAGACAUAUCUAAUUGGAUUCCAUCAUUUCAGAGCUAUGAAGACUUCAAGUGUAAGACACUACAAUCAUUAGAUGGCUUUAUGAUAAUACUGAGCCUAGAUGGAGUGAUAAUUUAUGUCGGUGGAAGCAUCACUUGUCUCCUUGGCCAUUUACCAGAUGAGGUUGUGGGUAAACAAUUAUUAACUCUUCUGCCUGAUCAUGAGAAAAGUGAAGUCCACCGAAAGAUUGCUCUCAAACUUCCUUCAUCAAGCUCAGUGGGAAAACAUAUUGACUUUUGCUGUCACAUAAAAAGAGGAAAUGAUAAACGUGGUAGUAACCCUACAUAUGAAUAUGUGAAAUUAAUUCUGACUUUAAAAGAUAUUGCAAAUGAGCCUUUGGUGCUCUUCAGUAGCUUCUUCCCCAGUCCCUCUUUUGCUGAAUCGUGUGGUACAUAUGUUCCUCUGGAGGAUCGGUUUUAUCUGGUCGGGUCCAUUUGUAUCCUCAGGACUCAGAUUCUACGGGACCUUUUCACUGUGGAGGAAGCUGGGGAAGAUAUUCAGCUGAUAAAUGACUCAGAUGAGGAACAUCUAUCUACAGAAUGCAGAAGUGUUCAAGGCCAAAUAAGAGUUUCUAGAAUGGAAUCCCUGUGUGCUGAACCUGCUGCUCCUGCCUCAGAUGAUCAAGUUGAUCUUAUAACAGUCAAGCAGUAUGGACUGCAGGAAUCUGUUCAUGAAAGUGGGAUAGAGUCUGCUACAUGUUAUGACUCCAGCAUAUCUUCCAUGGAAAGCAUACCUGAAUCAUCAGCUACAUCAUCUUUGCAGAGCUUUGAAUUCGAACCUGAGGUGGAACAGGCGGAUGAUAUGGAUGAGGUGCAACAGGUGGACGAGGUGGAAAAGAUGGGUCAGAUUGAUGAGAUGGAAGAGGUGGAACAAGUAGAUAAAGAAGAAGAGGUGGAGCAAGCGGAGGAGGUGGAGGAGGAGGACCAGCUAGACCAGGUGGAGCAGGAGGCCCUCUCAUCCUUCAGUGUGGCUGGUGGCAUCAGUGAUGAGCUAUUAGAACCACUACCGUCAAUUGCAUUGUACAUCAACAAACGGGAGCUGGGGCUGAUGAGGAAGUUUAGGGAGCAGCUGGAAGAAAAGACUCGGAUGCUGCAGGCUGAGAUCAAAAGCCUGCAAGACACACUGGAAAUGAUGAAGGAGCAGCUUCGGAGAAUAGAGGAUUCUGGCUUUCAGAUCAGAGGCCAGUUCCAUGUGCUGGCUACUGAAGUAGGAAGCCAGGGAUCUCCAGAUUCAGAGGCUUUCCAGGACCAUGAUGAAUUACCACCAGGCCAAAUCAACGAUUUCAUGUCUGCAGAACAGUCCAGCUUGGAUGAACACCAGUGGGAUUUUCAUACUGAACCUUGAGAGAAGAGGGACAGACAGGCCAAUGAGGCCUGCAUGGCCAGGGGAACUCCAAGGCUUACAGAAUCCCCUGGAGUAGGGGUUGAAGAAUGGGGUGGGUACUUUCUUUUUUUUCUUGAUAAGUUCUGUUUGGGAUUGUUGAGCACAACCUGUUUCUUGGAAGUUGUGUUUCAGCGGCAGCCUGUGAUCCCUAGUGUGCUAAUAUGUGACAGUAGCCAGGCCACAGCAGGAGACCACUGUCCCCACCUACCCUGCUUGACCUUUCACACACCUAUUCUACCAUGGGCAGGCAUGUUACAGAGGCUGCAAGUUAGAAUACCUUUUUUUCUGCCAAGAAACAUUUUCCAGAAUUGUUUUCAAUCUAGUAAGAAGCUGUUCUGUCUUAAGCCACAAGCCACAGCCUUGGCCUUGAUGACCAGGCCCUGCAUCUCCUCCACGGUCAUGUUUGGGAAACCCAAGGGAAUGGCAUUCCAACUGUGGGAAGCUGCAAUCAGAUUAACACAGGCGCUUUGUACUGAAAUAAUCACAGUCCCAAUACUUAAUAAAAAUUGUCUUUCGUUGCAA